UUUCCUUUGAUACAACUCUACCUCUUGCUGCAUAUGGUCAUUUUAAGUAUAUAAACUAGCAAAGCAUAACUGACUUCUUUCUCUUUUAACAAUUAACUCUCAACACAUUUAGCAAACACACUGUGUUCCAAGAUACAAUGUCCGAUUUCCUUUCAGUCACAUGCUCAAAGACGGCUGCAAAGUUGAGGUACUACAGAAUAGGAGGCCUGGGAGAUCCAGGAGACAGAGAGGAGUCUUAGCUGUACAUCCAGGCAUGCAGCCACCAGUCAAACACCAUGGGUGUGGAGCUUCAAGAGAACACCUUCUUGGAUAAAACUAACAUCUUCAGAUUAUGCAUGCAACCUUCCUAUGAGUGACACACAGAGGCAGAAAGGAUCUAACUGAAUACAGGACAAAAAUCAAAAUAUAAAAUCAAAAAGUUGAGGAAAAGCAGAAAAGACACGAAGAGGAACAAAGGAGAGAGCCAUGCUAUGCACGUGGCUUUCGACAACUGCUGGAGGAAUAGUGGUGCUGUGGUUCUCUCUGAAGCUCUUUUUCCCAUAUUUCUGGGAAGAUCUGAUUUACUUCUUGAGGCGGAAGAGGUUAAAGGCAAGGAUAAAGAGACGGGCAAGGAAUGGAAUUCUCUCCAUAAUUGACCUUUUCCUGCAGAGAGUGGAAAAGAUUCCCCACAAGUCAUUCCUCAUCUAUGAAGGGAAGGUGCAUACCUAUCACAAUGUGGACAGGAGGAGUAACAGGGUAGCACAGGUUUUGUUACAGUAUGGGAAUCUGAAGAAAGGUGACACUGUGGCCCUGUUGAUGGGUAAUGGACCUGACUUCAUCCAUGUCUGGUUUGGGCUGGCCAAGCUGGGCUGUGUGGUGGCUUUUCUCAACUUCAAUGUGCACUCUAGAUCCCUCCUGCACUGCAUUAACACAUGUGGAGCAAAAGCACUGGUGAUAGGAGAAGAUUGUGUGGAAUCAAUAGAGAAAGAAUUUAUUUUUCAUCUCCUGGAAAACAAGGUUGCUGUCUGGCUGAUGAGCAGCAGUUCUCCUUUCCAGCAUGUUCACACUAUACUAGACAAACUAGACAAGGUGCCAGAUCACCCUGUUCCAUCUCACCUUAAAGAUGUCACUAACACAAGAAACACAGCUAUGUAUAUCUUCACAUCAGGAAGUACAGGUUUCCCGAAAGCUGCUGUCAUCACUCAUCUAAGAGCUCUCUCUGCCUGCUUCUUAUUUACUCAGUGUGGUGCAGUUCCUCAGGAUAUUAUGUAUCUCACUCUUCCCUUGUACCACAUAAGUGCUUCUCUUCUUGGCAUCUGCGGAUGCAUUGAAUUAGGAGCAACUUGUGUUUUGAAGAAGAAAUUCUCUGCAAGUCAGUUUUGGAAUGACUGUAGAAAAUACAAUGUUACAAUGUUUUUGUACAUAGGAGAACUCUGUCGCUACCUCUGUAACCAGCCCUGUAAAGAAGAGGACAGAGUUCACAAAGUGCGCAUUGCUGUAGGAAAUGGUAUCAGACCUGACGUCUGGAAAAAAUUUCUGAUGAGGUUUGGCCCAAUUAAAAUAUUUGAAUUCUAUGGAUCCACAGAAGGGAGUGUUGGUUUCUUGAACUAUACUAAUAAAAUAGGAGCUGUGGGCCGUGUUGGCAUCUUCUCAAAGUUCCUACAUUCUUUUGAGUUGUUGAAAUAUGAUGUCUGGAAACAAGAACUUAUGACGGAUGAAAAUGGAAGGUGUAAGAAAGCACCCAUAGGUAAACCUGGCCUUCUAGUUGUCCAAGUUACUGAGGAUGCCCCAUUUUCUGGAUAUGCUGGAAACAAUGAAGCCUCAGAGAAGAAACUCCUGCAUAAUGUGUUUGUGAAGGGAGACGUGUAUUUUAACACAGGAGACCUCCUGGCAAUGGAUGAAGGUGGCUUCCUCUACUUUACUGACCGGGUGGGAGACACUUUCAGGUGGAAAGGAGAAAAUGUUGCCACUGUAGAAGUUGCAGAGGUCAUUGGUAUGAUGGAUUUUGUCCAAGAAGUUAACGUUUAUGGUGUAAGCAUAAAAAACUAUGAAGGAAGAACAGGGAUGGCAGCUAUUGUACUUAAACCUAACCAACCCUUUGAUGGAGAAAGACUUUACAAGCAUGUUAUGGACUUCCUUCCAAGUUACGCCCAACCACGCUUUGUGAGAAUCAUGGAUGUUAUGCAAAUUACUGCAACUUUCAAGCAUCAGAAGAUGCAUCUGGUGAAUGAAGGGUUUAAUCCAGAAAUUAUAUCUGAACCUCUGUAUUUCAUGCAUGAACCUGCACGUUCCUAUAUUCCUUUGACAAGUGAGAUAUAUAAGGAUGUAGUUUCUGGUGAAAUACGUUUAUAAAGCAUACAAAUGAAGUUACUCUACAAUACAGGAAGUAAAUUUCAAAUAUACUUCUGCAAUUAUUUCAACAAAAGCUAGUACAUAUUAUUGGUUCUAAAAACAUUAGAUAAUCAAGUCAGUCUUACUGUGAUACAAUUUGCCUCUUCAGAGCCACAACUGUUACGUACAUUGCGUAAGCUGCUCUGCAUCUGCUCAUAUUACUUCCAGGGCUCACACAUGCAAAUUUUUAUUUUAAAUUUCUCACUGUUCUAAAUUCUUUUCAUUUAAGCCACCAGUAUCUUAACUUAGUUGAAUAUUUUACUCUUUUAGAUAAAAAUACUGAUUCUGGUUUUAGAAUACAUAAAUGAUUAGAUGCAAAAUGUCAUAAACAUUAAUAUAAAAUGGGCAGUCAAAAAUACAAGCAAAAUACCGCACAAACACUGCAUGUAGACUUCAGUUCAAUGUUUGUUCAUUAUACUAUGUAAUAUCUAAUUGCUUAAU